UACAGGCUUGGAGUGUGAGGAGCCCUUAACUUUGCCCAGGAAAUUUAUUAAGAGAGAUAAGAAGAGACAUUAAGACAUUGAGGAGAGGACAGAGGGAAGUCACAGAGUGAAGACCCCAAUACACAACCUGAAAAGAGUGACAGGCAUUUAAUGAAGGGCUCAAGCUUUCAAGAAGAAGACUCAAGACGUCUUAUGAAAGGGACACAUUUACAAGGACGUAGAAGACAAAUAUUCUUUAGUAAGAGAUAGUCUUUAGGCAGAGGGAGACAUCUUCUAGACUGAAGAAGGGUAUGAGAAGCAAAGGGCAGGGUGCAAGUCAAUGAGAGACUGUUGGUAAAGGAUCGAUUCAAGGAGGUCAUUUUGGGCGACAUGGAGAGAACGGAAGCCCCCAAGAAGUCACAAAAUAAUGCUUGCAAGUCAGGGUGGUGGGGUGAUGACCCCCAGUAUCAGUAUAUGCAACUACGAGAAUCCUCCCGCUAUGGGAUUCCCAAACAGACACCACCUACCAUGCAGGAGAGUCCAGGGGAGCAACCCCCAACUCAAACCCAGACCUAUGGCCACUAUACAGAAGAACUUUCUCAAUUUGCUCGUAAGGAAGCUGCCAGAUUACUGCAACACAGGCAAAGUUCAAGUGCAAGCGCGAUCAAACCCCCUGAUGUUCAGAAGCAGUGUUACUCCAAGUGUCAUGCUUGUGUACAGCGAGUAAAGAAAUAUUUCAUCAAAAAGUUGGGAGAAGAUUGGAUAUUCCUUGUUCUUCUCGGUCUUGUCAUGGCAUUGGUGAGCUGGAGCAUGGACUACGCCAGUGCAAAGAGUAUACAGGCAUAUAAGUGGAUGUAUAAAGAAGCUUCUGACAAUGUCUGGUACCAAUAUUUGGCCUGGGUGUCCUACCCUGUUAUCCUUAUACUAUUUGCUGCAGUGUUUUGCCACUUAGUAGCUCCACAAGCCAUAGGUUCUGGCAUCCCAGAGCUGAAAGUUAUUCUCCGAGGUGUCGUACUGAAAGAAUACUUGACUCUCAAAGCCUUUAUUGCCAAAGUGAUUGGGCUGACGGCCUCCUUGGGGAGUGGGAUGCCUCUAGGAAAAGAGGGUCCAUUUGUGCACAUUGCAAGUAUCUGUGCGGCCGUCCUAAGCAAAUUCAUGUCCGUGUUUUGUGGAGUCUAUGAGCAGGCGUAUUAUUACACUGACGUACUCACUGUGGGAUGCGCUGUUGGUGUUGGCUGUUGCUUUGGAACCCCAUUAGGAGGUGUCUUGUUCAGCAUUGAGGUCACAUCCUCCUACUUUGCGGUGAGGAACUAUUGGCGUGGUUUCUUUGCAGCAACUUUCAGUGCCUUCAUCUUCCGGGUCCUUGCUGUUUGGAACAAGGAUGCAGUCACCAUUACGGCACUUUUCCGCACCAAUUUCCGAAUGGAGUUUCCCUUUGACCUCCAGGAGCUACCAGCAUUUGCAGUAAUUGGAAUCUGUUGCGGUUUCCUCGGGGCCUUUUUUGUGUACUUAAAUCGACAGGUGGUGCUUGGGAUCCGCAAGAACCAGACCUUGAGCAGUUUUCUGAGCCGUUAUCGUUUCAUGUAUCCGGCAGUAGUUACUUUCUGCAUUGCAACGCUUACCUUCCCACAAGGAUUUGGGCAGUUCAUGGCUGGAGAGCUUAUGCCCCGGGAAAGCAUCACUGUGCUCUUCGAUAACCAAACCUGGACCAAGCAUGAGGGUAAUGCCUCAAUACUGGGACGUUCCGCUGCCUUCAUCCAUCCCUCUGUUAGUGUGUUUGUCACUCUGCCUCUGUUCUUCAUCAUGAAGUUCCUGAUGUCAGUCGUUGCUACCACGAUGCCGAUACCCUGCGGGGCCUUCAUGCCAGUGUUCGUAUUAGGGGCUGCCUUUGGAAGAAUUGUUGGAGAGCUGAUGGCCUAUCUCUUCCCCAAUGGAAUUCUCUUUGAUGGGAUUGUCUACAAGAUAUUACCGGGGGGAUACGCUGUGAUUGGUGCGGCUGCACUGACCGGCGCCGUUACGCACACGGUCUCCACUGCUGUCAUCUGCUUUGAGUUGACGGGGCAGAUUUCUCACAUUCUCCCUAUGCUCAUCUCCGUCAUCAUGGCGAACGUGGUGGCUCAGAACCUCCAGCCCAGUCUUUACGAUUCCAUCAUUCAGACCAAGAAAUUGCCGUACUUACCCGACCUGUCGUCAUCUCACGUCAGUAAAUACAACAUUUUUGUGGAGGAUAUUAUGGUGAGAGAAGUCCGUUAUGUGUCUUCUCUCUGCACCUACAAUGACCUUCUUAAUGUCCUGAAGACCUGCUCUCACAAAACACUGCCACUAGUGGAGUCAAGCGAAUGUAUGGUUCUUCUGGGGUCAAUUGAGAGAUCCGAGAUUGUGGCUUUAUUGGACAGAGUCCUAUGUAAGGAGAGAAGACUCCGUAUGGCUUCACCCCCCUACAAAGGGCAGAGGAUAACCGGUCCGGGGGGCAAACGGGACUCCUUCCAAUACGUAGAUGAAGAAGAGGCAGGAGUGGAGGAGGAGGAGAAGAAAGAGCCGAUCGAGGAAUGCAACGGUCCCAUCACCCUAAAUAAUUCUGGGGAGACGCCCACAACUCCGCCAGAGCCAGACAGUUGCUGCAAGAGGUUCCGUUCUUCCCUAGCAGGAAUCUUCUGCAGGUCUGAGAAGGAGAAACCUGAAGAACCCUCAGAGGAAUCUGAUCUUGAAGACACAAUGACACCAGAAGAGAUUGCAGUCUGGGAGCAACAAGAGCUGGGGAAGGUGGCCUCCUUCGAUAGCUGUCUCAUUGACCCAUCACCAUUUCAGCUUGUGGAGAGGACAUCACUUCACAAGACGCACACACUCUUCUCUCUCCUCGGCCUUAGCCAGGCGUAUAUCACCAGUGGGGGGAAGCUGAGGGGAGUCAUCGCUCUGAAAGAGCUGCAAAAGGCCAUUGAAGGAACCGCCCAGUCCGGUGUCCGCCUGCGCCCGCCUUUUGCCAGUUUCCGCGACGCCAGUCGUUCACUGUCUCGAAAGGAAUCACAAAGACCGAUCCCUAAGGCUCCGCCAUCUCCUGACCCUUCCAUGAUGCCUGAUGAACCCAUAACUUUAGCUUCUCCGGAAGUGACACCAGACUCGGAGCUGGAUGACCUGUCGGGUCAAGGAUCGGAGAACGUAUCACAGAUCCUGAGGGACUUCCAAACGUUUGCAGAGCACAGUGAGGAGGAUUUGUAACCUUCAUCCAUAAUGCCUCUGGGGCCAGGACAGGUUAUCCAGCGUCUGGCAAAGUUGGAUCUACUGUUAAGAACUUUCUGAAGGCUCCUAGAAUGGAGGUGACUUCUCUUGUCCCGACACCUGGUCUACAUACUUACAUUAAGUACAUUUGAUUGACUGCUACUAUUAUAACAUUGUCAUUCAAGACACUCAAGGAAGCCUGAAUCUUCUUGUAAGGUUCUUCAAGAAAUGUAUCAAAGACUAACCUCAACCCUUCUUCGUUAUGUCAACGCUCUGCAUUCCUCAACAAGAAACCAACUCCUAAACAUCAAGUAAUACAACCACCAGCAUCCUCUGAACCCCUAUGAUACCAAUAUGAUAUCCGAGUCUCAUCCUCUCCAGUUAGAAAGCCAGCUGAUGCCUGUAAACGUCAGUCUCCAGUGAUCCAGAGAAUGGACUUCAUGAGAGCUUCUAGAAGGAACCACU